AUGGCUCAAAGAAGUCGGAGAUGGGAAAGAAAGAAGACAGGGAGAGGGCGGACGAGGGCAGAGGGCGCUUACCAGGUGAGAAGACCGCGACUGCCGAGGACGGCGACGGCGGCGGUGCUAUUUAUCGCGGAGGGAAAAGGAAAGCGCGCGAAGAGAGGAGUGAUGGACGAGCCGAGCUUCUUCCACCAGUGGCAGUCGGACGCCCUGCUGGAGCAGUACAUGGAGCAGCAGAUCGCGGUGGCGUUCGGGCAGGGGGAGGUGGACCACGCCGUGGCGGCGGCGCUGUCGACGAUGCCGAUGCUGCAGCAGCAGCAGCCCGCGGCGGCCGAGCACCCGCACCACCCGCGCAAGGCAGCCAAGAGAGACUCGUCGUUCUACUCCCGCACCGGCUCGACGAGGGAGAGCCCGGUGAUCCUGCCGUCGACGGCAGCGGUGGGUAGGGAGCAGCCGAUCGUCCGCGCCACUUUGUGCAGGGCCAUGGCGGCGGCGGCGGCGGUGGAUUCCACGGCCCGAGCCGCGUGCAACCAGUCGUCCAGUGCCGUGCCGGACCCGUCGGACCACGUGUGGGUGCACCACUUCAACCUGCUCAACUCCGCGCCGGCGCCGCCGGCUGCUCCGCACCUGGACCCGUCGCGCGCUACCACGUCGUCCCUGGACGAGACGUCCGUGUCCGUGAGCAACGCGAGCGACCUGGAGGCCACGGAGUGGGUGGAGCAGGACGAGCCUGGCGUGUCGAUCACCAUCCGCGAGUUCGGCGACGGCACCCGCGAGCUCCGCCGCGUCCGCUUCAGGCAAGUCAAUGGCCACACUAGCUAUUCAUUCUCCGGAUGCAAGAUUCAUCGUCGGACAUCUAAUCAUGCUGGAAAUCUUGUUAUGCUAAUGGGAUGUGAUCUCGUGUUCUUGUUGCUGCAGCCGGGAGAGGUUCGGCGAGGAUAG